CCUCACCCGGCCCGCCCGUCUGUCUUUCCAGUCUGGCCGGCGGGGGCCGCACGUUCGGCGGCUCGGGCUGUGGGACCGUGGUCACGCCCUUUUCAGAAAUUCUCGGCUGGUAGUCGCGAAGCCGACACGGAGCAAGAGCUGGGGGAACCUGGAGAAAACCGCUCCAUCUGACUUGAUUCUGGCAACAAGUGGGCUCCGUAUCGUAAUAACCAACAUUUGCCAAGCGCUCUCAAAGAUGAGCUUUCCACUGAGGAAACUUUGUUGGCCUUGAGUCUCGGAGCCCUCUGCACAGCUGUCGCCUGGAUGGGGUAGUCAGUGUCCAGAGUGAAUGUGUCCACCACAGUCUUGAUGCCCUCUUCUGCCUACAUUGUCCUUUUUCCAGUUUUCUUGGAGGUACCCCGUUCCUGAAUUCUUUCAAAGGCUCAAUGUAUUCAGAGCCUCAAGUUUCCUUCAAGGCUCUGGGGUGGCUUGUCUCAGAGAUUCCUUGAGAGCUGAGCCCUUCGCAGGACCCAUGCCCCAGCCUGUGCCCCCAUGACCAGGUGGAUAGCAUUCCUCGUGCCCACGACCCAGAAUCCUGGCUGACCACACUGAAGCAGAAUGCUCCAACAGGCUGAUGGUCACGGUUCAGGCUCUGAUGCCCACGGCGGGGAGGCCCUCAGGGAAGGCCUGCAGGAGUUCCUGGGUGGGGAGGCCUCCCUGCAGCAGCUCGAUGACCUCACCAAGGUGAAUCCUGUGACUCUGGAGACAGUCCUGAGGUGUCUGCAGGCCCGGUACAUGGCCGACACGUUCUACACCAACGCCGGCUGCACCCUGGUGGCUCUGAACCCCUUCAAGCCCGUCCCUCAGCUCUACUCGCCAGAGCUGAUGCGAGAGUACCACGCUGCUUCUCAGCCCCAGACACUGAAGCCCCACAUCUUCACAGUGGGUGAACAGACCUACAGGAAUGUCAGGAGCCUGAUCGAGCCAGUCAACCAGUCUAUUGUUGUCAGUGGAGAGAGUGGUGCUGGAAAGACAUGGACAUCCCGCUGCCUGAUGAAGUUCUACGCCAUGGUGGCCGCCUCACCCACGUCCUGGGAAAGCCACAAGGUUGCCGAGAGGAUCGAACAGCGCAUCUUGAACUCCAACCCCAUCAUGGAAGCUUUUGGGAACGCGUGCACAUUGAGGAACAACAACAGCAGCCGCUUCGGGAAGUUCAUCCAGCUCCAGCUGAACGGGGCCCAGCAGAUGACGGGAGCUGCAGUUCAGACCUACCUCCUGGAGAAAACUCGAGUGGCCUGCCAGGCCCCCAGUGAGAGGAACUUCCAUAUCUUCUACCAGAUCUACAAAGGAGCCCGCGCCGACGAGAGGGUCCAGUGGCGCCUCCCCGAGGGAGCUGCCUUCUCCUGGCUGCCCCACCCAGAGAGGACCUUGGAAGAGGAUUGUUUCGAGGUGACCAGGGAGGCCAUGCUUCAUUUGGGCAUCGAUGCCCCCACCCAGAACAACAUCUUUCAGGCCCUGGCUGGACUGCUGCACCUCGGCAACACCCGGUUUGCUGACUCGGGGAACGAAGCCCAGCCCUGCCCGCUGGUGGACGAUGCUCAGUGUGAGGGCUCUGUCGGGACAUCGGCCUUGCUGCUGGGGCUCCCGGAAGAUCAUCUGCUAGAGACACUGCGGAUUCGAACCAUCCGGGCGGGCAGGGACCAGCAGGUGUUCCGGAAGCCCUGCUCCCAGGCGGAGUGCGACACCCGCAGAGACUGUCUGGCCAAACUGGUUUAUGCACGGCUGUUUGACUGGCUCGUCUCGGUGAUCAACAGCAGCAUCUGUGCCACCCCCGACUCCUGGACCACUUUCAUAGGCCUGCUGGACGUGUACGGGUUUGAGUCGUUCCCCAACAACAGCCUGGAGCAGCUCUGCAUCAACUAUGCCAACGAGAAGCUGCAGCAGCACUUCGUGGCUCACUACCUCCGGGCCCAGCAGGAGGAGUACGCAGUGGAGGGCCUGGCGUGGUCGUUUGUCAGCUACCAGGACAACCAGCCCUGCUUGGACCUCAUCGAGGGGAGCCCCGUCAGCAUCUGCUCCCUCUUAAACGAGGAGUGCCGCCUUAACCGGCCAAGCAGCGCCGCCCAGCUCCAGACGCGCAUCGAGAGCGCCCUGACCGGCCGCCCCCGCCUGGGCCGCGACAGGCUGAGCCCAGAGCCCAGCUUCAUUGUGCUGCAUUACGCGGGGCCCGUGCGGUACAGCACCGCGGGCCUGGUGGAGAAGAACAAGGACCCUGUCCCCCCGGAGCUGACCAGGCUCCUGCAGCAGUCUCAGGACCCCCUGCUCAAGGUGCUGUUUCCUGCUGACCCUGAAGAGAAGUCCCAGGAAGAGCCCUCCGGCCAGAACCGGGCCCCUGUGUUGACCGUGGUGUCCAAGUUCAAGGCCUCCCUGGAGCAGCUCCUGCAGGUCCUACACGGCACCACACCCCACUACAUUCGCUGCAUCAAGCCCAACAGCCAGGCCCAGGCGCAGAUAUUCCACCGAGAGGAGGUCCUGAGCCAGCUGGAAGCCUGUGGCCUCGUGGAGACCAUCCACAUCAGUGCCGCCGGCUUCCCCAUCCGGGUCUCUCACCGGAACUUCCUGGAGCGGUACAAGUUACUGAGAAGGCUCCGUCCGGCCACAACCCCCGGCCCCCAUGGCCCAUGUCCAGCUGGAGGCCAGUCAGGUGAGGGCACCCACUGGCCAGUCAUCUGUUCACCCAGUUCCCCGAGCACCUACUUGGACCAUCUCAGGGCGAGGGCCUGGGCUUCAGAGAUGAGUAACGACAGUCCUGCCCUCAUGGGGCUCUUGGUCCAGUGGGAGAAAGAGACUAAAAGAAGGCAGUUAAGCAGUGAGCAAAGUGGCGAGGCAGAAACAGGAUGCUUUGGAUGGUCUACGAGGUAUGAACCAGGAAGGCUUCCUGGAGGAGGUGGCAUCUCAGGUGAGGUAGGACUAGCCAGGUGCAGGCACUCCACGGACAGGAGACAGCACUGUGUGUGUGAGGAGCUCCGGGCUGUUGAAGGUUGCUGGCUCCUGGGGAUAGAGGACAGUGGGAGGCGAGGCUGGGGGCAGGUGGGCCCAGUCCCAGAAGCCAGACAUUCUCCAGAUAGAUGGGAGGCACUUCCAGGAAGGGAGGGGGUGAUACCAGCCUGGGCCUUUCCAGAGGUCACUGCGGGUGGGACCCUGAGUGGCCAGAGGGGAGAGAGGCUCUAGACGUGGGCACAGUUGGGAAAUGUUGGAAAGAAAUUGGUCAGACUUGGCGAGCAUUGGAUUCAAUGUAGGGAGGAAAGGAUUAGCCAGGCCCAGCCAGCGGGGAAGAGAGGUCGGAAAAGGGCUUUCUUUUUGGGGCAGCUGCCAGGCCAGGCCUGGCUGGGAGGAUGUCGAGAGAGGCCUGCUCUGCGGGGGGUUGUCUGAUGCACAUGGCAUCACUGAGACAGUGAGAGCCAGUAUGAAGACCCUGGGCAAAGGCCGAGGAUGGGGCGAGUCCCCCCGGUACACGCACCCCCAGGGCCCUCCCCCAGGGCCCUGCAUCCACAGGCACAGUUUUGCUUCGCAUCUCCCGUCUCUCGGGCAGUUUUCCCACUCUCCUUUCAUCCUCUCUCCCUGCUUCUCCCUGCGGUGCUCUCCUGUUCUGUCUCUUGCCCAAAGCCCCCCGAGCCCCUGGUCGACUUUGCUGCUGUUUCUCAUCUGCGGCGUCUCCUCUGGCCACCGCUGUCUCCAGAGAGGCCCUGGGCAGCUAAA